AUGUCCUACUUUUCCACCGUCGCCGAAAAAGCGCAUUCUCUCGUCACUCAAUCCCCCUUUUCCCACCGCAGCCGCCUCCUGCUGGCAGCACUCCCAGCAGCACUCAUCGCUCUCUUGCUCCCCGCGUAUCGCGACUAUCAGUCAUGGCUGCUUCUUGGCCCGGGCGGACCCCCGUAUAAUGUGUUCGGUUGGCUACUUGUGAAACUACUGUUCGACCCGCUACGACGAGAACCCUUCGGCACAGUGCUGUACGAUGGCAAAAUCGAAUCCGGCGAGCAGGCUGCCUUCCUAUCCAGCCUGCCACAUAGAAAAGGCCAACGGCCGACCAUGGGCGAAUUCACUGUGCCCCAGCGCCAGAUCAGCCAGCGACCGAGUGCUGAAGUUCGAGAUAAAUUGAUGGCUGCGUAUGGGGCAUUCCUGGAGCGGAAUGCACACAUCGUGGACCGUGUCCCCUCGAUUCUCGAGCGCCAUACUGACGCUGCCCAUGUCUGUGGCCAUGUGCCCCUUACGUCUGUUGCAAGGCAGAUGAAGCGGGAGAUCUGUCAUGUCCAUGGUACGAGUGAUUAUUCGUUGCAUGUCACCUUGGCCCCGGCUGAUUGCAAACGCGUUAUCGAGUCCGGCUGGGGCCAGCGAUUCCCGCUGGCUGGAUCGAGUGUGUUCAGGAAUGUCACCUUUGGGCGGGUUUCUACUAUCCCAACGGAGUAUGUCUUGAUCUAUGCACCGAGGGAUGAGGAGGAAAUUGAGGUUGUCAUUGGGAUUCUCAAGGCGGGGGUGCAGUAUGUGACUGGAUUGAGCGAUGUGAAAUGA